CUCUCUCUCUCUUUCUCUUGGGUUACGGGUUAUUCGAGAUAAAAAAAGAAAAUCACGGAAAACACGAUGCUAUUUGUGAAUGCUUGUCAGAAAAGUUUAGCCUAAAAAUUUAACGCCGUAUCAUACGUAAUUUCGUUAAAUAAUUUAAAAAAUGCGUCCAACGGUAAGAUAUCACUCUCUAUUUUUUAAUUAAAAUCUUCGUGAUGAAAACUCUUUAAGAGAAUAGCAAAUAUCGUAAUAUUCAAUAUAUUAACGACGUGAAAAACAUCAAGCAAGUUAUAAAAUAAAUAAAUUGCCUUAUGAUAAAGAUAGUAGCAGCGGAGAAGAAGGCAAGGCGAGAAGAAAAACAACGUGAGAUUGAAGAACGUGCCAAAAUGUUGAGAAAAGAACAUCUUAUGCGAGAAAUCGAGCUCGGUGCUCUAAACACAAAACGUUAUCGCACAUUAUGGCGAGAAAUGAUGAUGAGGAUCAAAAUGCCGCUAAUAGUCGAGGAUAUGGAAAUCGCAUGGCGCAAUUUCGAUCGAGCUGUUGACAUCAAGGAUUACAGAAUAAGUUUCUUAAUGGAUGCGUUAGACGAGGCCGAAGAGCAGUAUCAAAGGAACGUGAGAUCACACAUGGAGAUCAUAGAUCAACUGUUGGAAACGUAUAGGAAGAGAAUGCAACAUAAGGAGCGGAAUUAUCAAAAAAUCUUAUUUGAAACGGUCAACCAGGCGGACACUGAAGUCGGCAAAAUCGAUCGUCAAUGGAACGAGGACGAGAUCUUGAUAGAGUCAAUCAUUCGCGGCAUUGAGCGACAGCACGACGACUCAUUAGACAACAUCAAGAGCAUUACACUCAGUAAAAUCGACGCAUUCAUGCAAGAUAGCAAGGAUGUUUACAGAAUUUCCGCGGGUCAACUGGAGAAUCAAUUACGUAACUCGUGGGAUAAUCUACGACAAGUUUUGUCAGAUUACCAUAACAAAACGAUGAAUCGCCGAAAACGUUACAAAGCUAUCAAAGAGAAAGAUGAGAAAGAUCAGCAAGUGAUAGCACAGCAAUUAACGCGCACCGCAAAUCUCUUCGACGAGAUACGAAAACUUCGAGGCAAGAUAACAAUGUACGAUGUUACUGCUAAGAAGGACAUUUCUGAAAUUCUAAUGGAGCACAAUUUCUUCCAAAAUGCUUAUUCUACCAUGAAAAAUCGUUUACUUUCAGAGCAAACAAAAGAUCAAGAUCAAUUGAAGAUAUUGACGAUCGAAUACAACAAGGCGAUAAAGCAUUUAAAACGUCUUGUAACUAAGGGCCAACAACUGCUUACGUUGAUGCAAAUCUGUCGCAAGUAUGAAACGCAAGAAGAGAAGGUCAUUCCGUUUGUCUAUUGCACGGAGAUAGAAAACUCACUAACGCCCUCGUCGCAGCAAGUCUCUGUUCCAUCAGACUUUAACAUGAUCCAUCAGAUCAUGGAAGAUUAUCAAGAUUUGACGAAUUUCUGGCGACGAGUCGGCGCUGUGCAAGUAAUCACUAUGCAAUUGCGAUCGGAAAGGAAUAAAUUGAAGAGCGAGGCGAAUCGCUUGCGCGAAUGUCUUCAUUCUUACAUGACGCAGAAGGUAAGAGGAAAAAGUGGAGUAAAGUAUAAAAUAAUUUAAUGAUGUUUCCACCUCUGAG